UCUGAAUGCAUGGAGGCAACCUGUGGUGAAACUUCCAAGUAACUCGUGUUGUUCAGUGCAUUUGGGGACAAGCAGCACCCAAUGAAUGUACGGCUACUCUGACGGUGCUGCUGAGCGCUGCCGGUCGACACGCCCCCAGCAUGGAUACAACCAGCAGCACAGACGCUCAGGAGACACACUCACUAUGCUGGAGAGUGGUUGAAGCCGCGAUGGGAGUUAACACAUCCAAGUUUGUCGAGGUCCUGUCACCAGCGUCGUUGCACUAAACAAAGACUUUGGGUUUCUUUUUUUUUUCUCACUUGUCUGCAUUUUCGUCCGAGGCGUUUCUCUCACAGGAUGGUGAUGAUAAUGAAAAGCCGGGUGAGAUCAUAAAGUCAGUUCUCUGGUGAGAACGACCUCCUCCUCACGAACACACAAAGGGAACCACGGAACAAGUUUUUCUCACGCCAUCCUUUUUAUUUUUUGAUUGUCAUUAAGAAGCAGAGGGGGCAAGUUUCAAAGACAAAAUGGAUCACUUUGCUGCAGAGUGCCUUGUUUCAAUGUCCAGUCGUGCAAUUGUCCACGCUCAAGGGAAUAGGGAGAUUAAACCAGAAACCCCGUCCUCCUCCAAGAACGGAGAGGAAAUAAAAGAACCUUUGGUGAAAGAUAACUCCUCUAUUUUUGUGGUGGCGCGGAUUUUGGCGGAUUUUAACCAGCAGACUCCCAACAAUGUUGCCGAGCAGGCAAAAAUAAAGGAUGAGAGCAUGCCGAACCACAUAGAUGAUGGAAACUCUGCCACACCUACCACCAUCUCCGAUCCUACGCUCAAACAAAGAGGCAAAAGAUCGCGAGGUCGAACUGAGCCUGAAUCGCCUCAGAAAAAGCACAAAUGCCACUAUUCAGGUUGUGAAAAAGUUUAUGGCAAAUCAUCCCACCUCAAAGCCCAUCUAAGGACACAUACAGGAGAACGACCUUUCCCAUGUACCUGGCCCGACUGCAGUAAGAAGUUUGCUCGCUCCGAUGAGCUGGCCCGCCACUAUCGCACCCACACGGGGGAGAAGAAGUUUGGGUGCCCCCUUUGUGACAAGCGCUUCAUGCGCAGCGAUCACCUCAUGAAGCAUGCCCGGCGCCACUCAGAUUUCCAGCCCGGCAUGCUGAAGAGGCCCCACGGCAGCAGCAGCUCCACACGUCCCAGCUCCCUCAGUGACUACAGCCGCUCGGACGCCUCCAGCCCCACCCUCAGCCCCACCCUCAGCCCCGCCCUCAGCCCAGCCAACUCGCCUUAAACUGAAAUCCAGUCGCACUUUCUGCCUCUAACCUGCGAGGCCUGUGUUUUUGUCAUAACACUUGUGUUGCACGGUUGUGAGCAACCCCCACCCACCUCCCCCCCUUUGCUAUUCCUGCGCUUGCUGUGGUAUACCAUACUGUACAUAACUGCUUAUUGUAGUAUAAUUACUUGUGUGAUCCUAAAAAAAGGUAAUGCCUUUCCCAGAUGGCAAUAUUUACAUUCUGUACCAUAUGUCUGUAUUUUUUUAGCUUCUGAUCAUGGCUAGUUGUCCAAUGUAUGUUCACAGUCAGCUAAACAAGGUUUAGAAGAAGACAAACAGACACCCUAAAAAGUCUUAUAAAAAAUGGGGCUUUCUUUGUUUUUUUUUGAAAGGGUGAGGAGAAGGGGUACACACACACACACACCUCAGGAUUGAAGACAGUUGCUAUUUCUGUAAUACCACAGUACUUCAGAGUACUCACAUUGACUGCACAAUAUACUCAUCACUUUAUUCUGAAAUUCAACAGGGGUUGAAUUUUACGCCCUGCUCAGGGAUGGCCUUGUUAGCUUGAAAGAAUGAACACGGUGAAGAGAAACACACAGUACAUAUAUAGCAGCCUUUACACUCAACACAAUUUGCACUCUUUGUUUUUUUGUUGGUUUUCACGUUUUGAGGAAACUAGCCCGGCGGUCAUACGGUCAAUCGUUCACAGAACUCAUGUGCUCGGGUUCUCGGGGGGGGGGGGGGGGUUCAUAUGUAUUGUACUUGCUGUGUGUUAACAAAACAAUCCCCAAACCUCCACCUCAGUAAACAAAAAACAUCAGUUCCUCCACUGCAACGUUAAUAUUUAGUUGCCAUUACACUGGGUUAAACAUGUACUUCAUUAAACAGCUGUGUGCAGUAUAUACUGUGUAAAUCUGCAUCGUGGGAGGAUCAGGAUUAUAUUGGGUUUUUAAAAGUAUACUCAGUUGAAGAAACUUUAGAACCUUUAAAUAGAAACAGUUAAGUUUCAAAGCAGCUGUUCAUGAUUUUUGUUUUUUUAAAGUGCUGUAUCAUCAGGCAGUAUUUCACACAAAAUGGACACAAAGGGACUUUAGUUGAAACAAAGUUUAUCCCUCUCUGAAGCACAUAGGAAAAAGAACCAAAGAGAGUGAAUGAAAGCUUUCUAUUCAGUCUUGUAAGCUGCCCUUCAUUGAGGCCCAAGGCUGGUGGCUGGCAGUAUCACAGGUAGAACCAGACAGCCUGCACACUUCCCUCCUGGCUUUGCUUUUUGUGGCCUCCCUUGAGGAAAACAGCUGCAUCCCACAAGAAUCUAUUCACAGCCCGCUGGAAGAGUGCUAACAUGCCAUUCCUGGGGAGUCCUCCCUCGCCCAUCUGGCAAUACCGGUACUGUCAGAGAGAGGGGAAGCUCCAACUCUGCCAAACAGCUUAAGGUGGCCUAACUUUUUUUUUUUUUGGCGGUGGGGGGUCAUAUGUAGGCCAGAGUGUUAGGCAGAACUAGGCUUGGCUGCAACAUGGUGGAGCACAGAGCAAACAAAGCAGCUAUCUGCAAUAGCCAGGCAAGGAAGGGCAGGUCCUGAUUAAAGAGGAGAGGUUUAUCAUGAGUUGUUCAGCACAGAGGAGGAGACACCCGGUCGCAGACGCCCCCGUCUCCUCCUCCUUCCCCAACUCCCUUCAACUGUAGAAUCCAUGAGCAGAAACAUGGCUGUAAUUAGUGGUUUGAUCCAACCUGUAGAAUAACAGUAGAAAGAGAAGUGUAUAAACAACAGUACUACCUAGACAACGCUAGCAGUGUGGGUGGGACGUUCCCAACUCCAUCCUAAGCACAGGGAGAAAUCCUCUACUGCUGGAGAGUCAAAUUACAAAAUGCCAAGGAAAAUGUUGCUCCAAACUGAUGAACCAGAGGUCUCAAACAGCUGCUUUCAAACUUCUCUCUUGCAACAAUGGGGAGGGGGGGGGGGCGCUUUUAAACUGUUGUAAAAACAUUUGAACCAAAAUGAACAUAUCAGCAAAGUGCAAUGCUCACUAGCCUCACGUCAUCCUCCCUGUGAAACUCAGAUGCCCUGUGAGAAAGCUGACUUGUGUUUCUAGACAGACAUGCCUCAA